AUGGAGUUUCGAGGGAGGUCUUUCGAUGCUGUUUCUGGUAUGAGACAAGCAGCUUUAGUAUUAAAUGUGCAACCAGCCGGUAACUGGGCUGCUUUGAUGGGUUCACCAAUAUCAUCUGGUUCACACGGACAAGCGACUGUUGGCAUUUCAAAUAUUGGUACUGUUAUGGCUAAUUGGGCUAUACCAGAACAGUUUCGCGAAAGAGCAGUGCAAAGUGUACGUUUACUAGUAUUAGCUGCUACCGAAGAAACAUAUUCAGCGCACGCAUUCACAUUCAAUAUUGCAUCAGGUACCUCAUUAACAACAUUGAUUGUCGUCAUCACAAGAAUAUCUACGCCUGCUGAUCCAAAUUUACCAGUUUCAGUGAUAUCAACAGUUCUCAAGGCAAUUGACAUUCCAACUAAUAUUGUAAACGAAUUUGUCAAUGCUGUUAUUAUGGAUUACAAUCUGCCAUUAAAAGGUAGUUUCAUGCUUGGCUUAACUUAUUCAGAUGAUUUUGCUUGGGAACAAAUUCAGUAUCUUUAUUCACCUGAAAUGAACGGCAAGUAUCGUUCAUUAACAUUAUUUAAAAAUGGUGAUAGUGUUAAAAAUACGGCUUCGUUUUUUAUUAUUGAUAUUGAUGCUGAUUGGAAUUUAGCUCCUGAUCUUCUUUUGAUUACGAAAUCGAAAAGUAUUUUGGGUGGCCUUUUCUCAUCGUCUACCCAAUCAAUACAAGAAGUGUCUCACGUUCUAACAAUUGAUGAAGCUGUUAAAUUGCAACAAUUUUUUAUGCUAGUUGCAAUAGGAAACAUAGCUGGUACUUUAUAUCUUAAUGCAACUAUUCCACCAAUAAACUGA